UCUCACCAUGUUUACUCACUGUAACCUGGCAGUACUGAUAGUUGUACUGACUCUUCAUGAUAAAGUUCACACUGGAGAAAUCAUCGGUGGCCAUGAGGCCGUGGCACACAGCAGGCCAUACAUGGUGCUUUUGGAGAUGCACAGACCAGGUGGUCAGAAAGCACACUGUGAUGGCUUCCUUGUGAAUGAGCAUUUUGUGGUGACUGCUGCCCACUGCCAAGCCAAGUCCUACAGAGUCUUUCUGGGACUUCAUGAUUACAACAACAAGAAUGAAGUACAGCAUGUGAAUGUGCCUGGGGAAAAUGCAUUUCCACAGAAAGGCUAUGAUCAAGCUGAAUUCAAAAAUGACAUAAUGCUUCUGAAGUUGAGUACCAAGGCAGUGUUAAACAAGAAUGUGAAACCUAUUGCUCUCGCAGACCGUGAUGAUAGAUCGCUGCCAAAAUCAUGCAUAGUCUCUGGUUGGGGAAGUACAGAAAACAGCAAACACCCAUCUCCCAAACUUUUGGAAGUCAAUGUAACCCUGGUUGAAAAUGAGAUGUGUGUUAAGGAAAAUAAGUACUGCUCAAAGGACAAGGGUGGCCCAGGUCAAGGAGACUCUGGUGGCCCAUUAGUCUGUGAAGAUGGAAAGGCGUAUGGGGUGGUGUCCGCCAGCAAGCUAAACCCAGAUAGAUCAGCAAUUUAUAGUUACACUAAGAUACCUGACAACCGAGACUGGAUUGACUGCAUUAUGAAACAUAAUUAAGAUAAAAUAAACCAUGU